GCGCAAUGGGGGUGGGAGAGGAGGGAGUGCGCCGGAGGAGAGAAAAGGGAAGGAAGUGCUGCCCGCGGGUGUGGCCUGGCGCCCGGGGACGCUGCGACGAAGUUUGAAAGUAGAGGGGGAGAAAUACCCUCAAGGGAAAAAAUGGCCCCUUCUAGGCCAGCCUAGAAUCUGCUGCUCCGGGCCCAUUUCCGAGUCUUCUUAUGGGAAUUUCUAGCUAACUCUGUUGCUCUAGUAUCUCUGCAGCAGAAUAGAUCCCAUACCCUCAGGGAAGGCCUGAAUCCACCCUUCUAGGAAUGGUCUCGCCCACACCUCAGGGCGGAGCUGGGACGCUCCCCCCACGCCCCUCCGCUCCCUUACAGUUCAACGAAGACGCGGGAAAAUGGCGGAGUCGCGGCACCGACCUCUUGGGAGGUCCUUCGUGGAAGCCGGACCUAGUGCCCCAGUGAACUCUAAGGCCAAAGUGAAAAGAGCACCAGCUGGAAGAAUAAUAGAGUCUCGGUAUUUGCAAUGUGAGAAGAAAAAAGUUGUCAAGCCAUUUGCAACUAAUACUUCAAUCAACAGUUCCAGUGGGAAACAGACCGAAAGUGGAAAAAGAUUUAAUGUGUCUCAGAAGGAUAAUAGUCAAGUUGAAAAGGAUGAUUUGCAGUCAACUCUAUUAGAUGGGCACAGAACUGCACCUCCUGAUUUGGAUCUUUCUGCUAUUAAUGAUAAAAGUAUCAAGAAAAGGACUCCAUUAUUAGCUGAUAAAGCUAAUACAGGACAAAUUUCUAAAACACCAAAAAAAUCUGACACGAUUUCCUCAGAAAUUAUUAGGAUGGAGUCACAGACAUUACUUCUAACCCUUCUGACAGUGAAGAUGAAGAAACGGCUUGCUGUAAUAGAAGAAAAGGCAGAAGGAAAUUUGAUAAUGUUGUGUGAAGAAAAGGACAGACUACAAAAAAAAGUACAAGAAUUGAAACGCAAACUUAUAUUUCAUCAAAAAGAGCAAGAGCUGAUGGACAUACUUGCUACUCAGAGUGAAUUGCUUACUCCCUUUGUAACAAUGUCUGAGUGUUUUAAGAAGGAAUAUAAAACUUUUGCAACUGCAGUGGACUCUACUAGGCAUGAACUACCUGUGAAAUCUAUUCACAUGGAAGGAGACAGGGACAUGUUUUUAGAUAACUUGCAACACCAGCUACGUAUCACACAAAGCUUGUUGGCAGAAGUUACAACUGACCACUUAGGACAGAAUGCUAAGGUGCUUGAUGUGUUGGGAGAAUUUAAAGAAGUAGUGCGGAAAAAGGAUCUAGAACUCAAAAGGAGCUUUGCCCAAGUGCUUAACUUAUCCUCUGAAGUCAGUAAAGAAGCUGCUUUGACUAACCAAGAAGUCUGGGAAGAUACUCAAGGCACACAGAACCUAAGCCAGUGGUAUUUUAAUCAAGAGCAUUCAGAGACUACCCCAAAAGACAACUAAAGGCCUGAUAGGUGCUUAUAUUUUUAAGUUUAUCAUAUCAACAAUAGGUUGUCUCUGACUCAUAUUUACUGGUUUAAUUUUCUUCUAUUUUCCCUGCCAUAGGCUUAAAAGGGCUAAAAAGCAUCAAUAUUUGAGUAGAGAAUAUAGAGAAUACAUUUGUUUUUUAUGAUAUUCAGAACACUUAGCACUUUAAAUCAAUUUGUAUUAAAUGUUUUUGCAUUCUAUUAUGUGCAUUCUAUUAUAUUUGGAGCAUCAAAGAAUAAAAGAUUGCUAAUGUAACAUUUCUACAUUUUGAAAUUGGUACAUUUAAUUUUCAAUGUUGAGACAAUAUGAAAAGGCCACAUCAUUUUUAAAUUUGUAAGUUAGCCUGAAGAAAUUUGCUUUUUGUUGCACUGAAAGUAGUCCUUACAGAUCUUUUUUUAAUUGAUCAAGUCACCUCUCUGGGCUUGAACUUUUCCAUCUGUAAAAUUGGGGGGGGGGGGGUUCCAUUAGAGCAGAAAUUUUUUUUCUUUAAAUCCUGACCUUCUGUAUUGGUUCCAAGGCAGAAGAGUGGUAAGGGCUAGGCAAUGGGGGUUAAGUGACUCCCCCAGGGUCCUACAUCUAGGAAGUGUCUGAAGCCAGAUUGAAACCUUGGACCUACUGUCUCUAGGCCUGGCUCUCAAUCUACUGAACCACCCAGCUGCCCCCAGAUCAGAAAUUCUUUAUCUUUUUUUGUUGUCCAUACCCCUUUGGCAGACUUGUGAAAUAGACCUCAGAAUAAAGUUUUUAAAUGCAUCAAACAAAAUGCAGAGAAUUAUAAAAGAAACUAAUUAUAUUGAAAUAUAGUUAAUAAAAUAUUUUUUAAAAUCAUUCAGACACCAGGUUAAGAUCCCCUGAAUGAGUAACUCCAUGAGCCCCUCCAGUUCUCACAUUGGCUUUUACUAGUCUAUCAGAUGAGUCUUUUCUUUUUAAAACUACCACUUCUCUGUGCAUGAACUAAAUAUGUUUUUUGGUAGUUUAGUUUAGCUGUUUUUACAGAUUGCUGCCACUGGAGGGAGAACUUCAUUUACCUUUUUAUAGUUUAGCCUAAUCCAAAGACAAUAUCUUAAAGCAGAAGAGAGGAACUGGGUUUUUUUAAUUUUUUUAAAUUUUUUAAAUUUAAACUUUAAAAGAAAUGUUAUGACAGCAUUGGUGUAACAUCAGAUUAAUUACCAUCUGGGGAGAGAGGAAGGGAGGGAAGGAAAAGGAGAGAAUUUGGACUGCAAAAUGCUAGUAAUAAUAGUUGAAAAUUGUUUCUGUGUGUUAUUUUAAAAAUAAAUAAAAGGAACAGACCUAUACUAAAUAAA